AUGAUUACGAGUGCGGUUGCAAGGGAAGCAUGGCAGGCUGGAGAGGAUGAGGUUGAUGGACGAUGUGCGGACGGUUCGAAUACUCAACCACAAUCCCUAUCUUUUCCACAGGGACGACAAAAUUACACGCGUUACAGAAGGCGGCAGCGUUGUGGCUUCAAUACCAUUGGAUACGUCUUUCUUCUAAUCGUCAGUCUGUGUAUCCUUCCAGCAACGGCUGUCGAAAUCGAGUUCGAGAAUUGUCUUUCGAAUGACGUGCAGAAUAACGCAGCUGCUGGCGGAUUACAACUACAAUUUGUGCCACUCUUCUUUGACGCCGUCUUCAAUACUACGGAUCCUUCACACAAUUUAUCUAUAAGGGUAUGGGGAAAUGUCACAGGUUCAGGUCCUGCUCAACGACGAAGUCCCUUACCUUCGCCGACCAGUUCUUAUUGGGAUUCUAAUGCCACAGAUACCGGAGGCAAGAUCAUCGAUGUUCCAUCCCCAGCAGCGAACAACAAGCGCACGACUCUGGCCAGUACCAUAGACGUUCUGACGUAUAACAAUGCUCAGGAUUUCUCGCCGUUCUGUGAUAAACUCACAAAUGGCAGCUGCCCGCUAUCUCCCAAUUUCUUUGGCAACGCGUCUGUGAGGUCUGACUGGCCGUCUAUCUCCUAUUCGCACCCGUUCUAUUCGACCUUCGCGUUUACAUCUUUCACUGCACGCAUGGAAAUUACCUAUGGAGAUGAGGCGGCGACAAGUAUUGGUUGUAUUCAGGCGUCCGUUACCCCGGAUAUUGGAGGCACUCUCUCUGCUGUAAUCACCUGGAUACCUGCAGUCAUUCUCAUUCUUGUAGGAGUUGCAACAGCCUUCGCAGGGAUAUACAGUCCGUGGGGUACUACUGACACUUUUCGAUGGACUACAAAUUAUGGGCGUGAUGAAGAUCUACUACGCUUGGUCACGCCUGGAUUCGGGGAUUGCUUGCAAUACAUACAAUUUGCGUUUCUCACCGGAGGAUUGACGCUCAACUAUCCUGGGUUUUACCAACCCAUCAUAAGCAAGGUCGCAUGGUCUUCUCUUAUGUUCAACCAGAGCUUCGUCAGUGACGGACCGGCAACCGAUAGUCUAAUCGAUGGGGUAUAUGUCGUUCGAGGAAGAUUUGGUCUGGAUAGGAUCCGUCAGUAUGUUGGUCUGGGACAGGUCGAUGAUGUCUGGGCUGGUAUGGCCGUUUGGCUUCUGGUUAUUCUUGCGGCCGUGCUGUUUCUUGUCCAGGCUGGAUUCUUCGUUCGCUGGGCUCUUCGACAUAUCAGUGAUAACCAGGAGGAAGAUCUUCGUGCCAAGAAUAUGCCAUUCACGGUUGGGAAUGUCAUCAGGAUCGUUUUCAACUACUUCCUCUUGCCAAUAGUGGCAUUGUCGAUGUUCCAGCUAGCAGAAGCUGCUCAUUCACCAACAUACACCGUAGCUCUCGCCGUGGUAAUGCUAGCGCUAAUUAUGGGCUUCGCUAUCUGGCUACUCUACUUCAUUGUAUCAACGCGGCCAAAGUCAUACCUAUUUGACGACCUCCCCACUGUGCUGCUAUAUGGACCACUGUACAAUACCUACUCCGAUAACCUCGCUUCUUUUGCACUCAUUCCUGUCUUGCUGACAAUUGUGAGAGGUGUAGCCAUUGGUGCUGUCCAACAGUCCGGAAUCGCGCAACUGGUGCUGCUCGCCAUAUGCGAAGUCAUCUUCAUAUUAACGCUACAUGCAUUUCGACCAUUUCAUUCUCCAACAUCAAUGAAUGCAGUCCAUACCUUGUUAGCGUUUAUAAGGCUCGCAACAGUAAUCAUCAUGUUGGCAUUUGCUCCAUCAUUGGGAGUUCCCGAGGGAGCUAAAGGCUGGAUUGGAUAUGCCAUUCUUCUGACACAUGCCGUUGUGUUACUCUUAGGCUACCUUCUCAAUGCCGUCCAAACGGUCGUUGAAGUUGCGGCCCGACUGGCUGGCGCUGGUGGGGACGAGACUGGUGCUACAAGAGGCGGCCUUGCGAAAGUAUUUGGGAUGCGACAACUAUCGAGACGAUUACCUCGCCGGGAUGGAGUGUCAAGGCAAAGCCAAUUGUCGAAUACCGCCAUGAUGGAUGAAGAGGGUCGCAAGGCUUAUCUGAUGGAAGGUGGGAGGAUCCGUAGUCAAUCAGCAGGUAGCACAGGUGUGCUUCUGAACAGGCAAAGUACUGGUCUGGAUUCAAACGUAGAAGCGUACGGCGCCAUUCCUCCUGGGGCUAUUGGCAGCGGAGGAAGUUCUUACACCCCUACGACACCAGGAGAAGCAAGUUCCUUCUCCUUCUUGCCUUCUGCCGCCGCGCCAUCAGGGUUGGGCCGCAACCGAGGCCCUGCGGUACCUUUGGGAGAGGUAGACAAUGCGGAUCCAUAUUAUCGACCACCUAGACUAAGGCGACCGACUCUUGAUGCCUACUCGCCCGGUUCGAAGAGUAGAGGGUCAUGGGCAAGUGGAGAUUGGGCUAAAAAACGCUGGAGUCAGGGAGAACCCCCAGCGGUAGAAACUGCUGAUGAAGGACCAUCAAUUUCAGGCAGGGCAACACCCACUGGUCAAGCACCCGUAGACGGCAGCCCGGGACGCUCGAAGGCGGAUUAUACCACCCGAGAAGUCGAUUUCUAUUACGGAGUACGUGGUCCAGCCUUGAAUGCUAAUGUACCCAGUCGACGUAUCAAGACCGGUCCAACGGACCCGACAGGGCCAUCGGCAGCAGCAGCAGGAUGGUUUAAAGGACUAUUUGGCGGCAAAACUAAAGAGAAGGGCAAAGGCUUCGAGGUCGUGCGGAGUGCUCGAAUGCCACCUGGAAUGAAGCGACCAGGACAAGAAUCACCACCUGAAGGAGUUCCUGUCGCCACGGGCGGGGUUCGCAACGGGCCUAUCGAUUCUGACGAUGAUUCGGAUGAUCGUCCACCUGUUCGUCAUGAGAACACACUACCAGCGCCUGCGUCCACGCACGAAAAUGAUAGUCUAGUCAGCCCUCUUCAAACGGAUGAUGAGAUGUCAGACGACGGAGAUGAAUUUGAGAUGCAGAGGAUAUCCGAUGUCCCGCCAACGUUGGCUGGUAUAGAUAUAUCUGGUGGUGGUAUCGAGCUACCGAGCCGAUUCCCGUCGAAGGCUACAUCGAAGGCUAGCUCCCGCAGGUAUCAGAAGCCGGAAGUCUCAUUAGGCCCUAACCUACCGAUGCCGUCGCGGAUACCAUCGCUGAAGCCUGACGUGCCAAGGAAGAGCUCCAAACGACAAUCACAGAGUGUUGAUUUGACAACACCGGGUGCUCAGCACUUAUUCCUUCAGCAUACCAAUCAAGGAUCUACCGAUUCGUCGAGACUUCCUUUCGACCGCUCCAAUUCGCAUCAUCGACACUCUACCGUCUCAGCCAGCUCGAGUAUAAUCACCCCGGAACAUAGCGGGCAACACUCCCGCAAUCAUUCCUCAGCUCUUGGAAACUUAUCGGCGGACUUUAGAGAUGACCGGCCUACCAGUGUCGGAUUCGUCAAUCAGCAUAGUAUCCAAACCAUCAACCAAACUGAAAAUCCGGAUUUCUUGGGCACAGCAGCUGAAGUGGUCGACGGUCGCAACAGUGGGUCUUCGUCGAUGGAGAAUUUGCGACAUUGA